UAUUCAAUUCAAGAAAUGGGUCACCAUUCUUGCUGCAAUCAACAGAAGGUUAAGAGAGGUCUUUGGUCACCUGAAGAAGAUGAAAAGCUCAUCAGAUACAUCACUACUCAUGGCUAUGGUUGUUGGAGUGAAGUCCCUGAAAAAGCUGGGCUUCAAAGGUGUGGCAAAAGUUGUCGUUUAAGAUGGAUUAAUUAUUUGAGGCCAGAUAUUAGAAGAGGAAGGUUUACUCCAGAAGAGGAGAAGUUGAUUAUCAGUCUUCAUGGAGUUGUUGGCAACAGGUGGGCUCAUAUAGCAAGUCACUUGCCUGGAAGAACAGAUAAUGAGAUAAAGAAUUACUGGAAUUCAUGGAUUAAGAAAAAGAUAAGAAAACCUUCAGUGCCUCCGGCUGCAACAGCUGCAGCAACUAGUACUCAUGACCAUUCCCACAUAACUUAUGCCUCAAACCAACUAGAUUUAGUUCAUCAAGAUUUGACAACAAGACCUCAUCAUCAGGUGCAAGAGACCCUUUUUUCAUCUUCAGCUCCCUUAUUUAUGUUCGACACUAGCACUACAACUACUACUACAACUACUACUACAUCUCUAGAUGCAAUUGGGGAUAGUAAUGUCCGCAGCGAGCUUUAUCAUGAACCAGCAAGUUUGAACACAGAGAAUUGGAACCCCAACCAACAUCAUCUUCAUCAUCACCACCAUCAUCAUCAAGUUCAAUCUUUUCCCCCACAUGCUACUUUUAGUAUUGGAAUGGAUACAAAUUACCUACCUCCAUUGAUUGAGAAUAUGGAGAAUAUGGUACCCAUAGAAAUGCAAUCUUGUAGCAUCGAUGAAGAAGGAGAGAUAGCAUUGGGUUGCUUACAAAGGCAAGAACUUAACGAAUGGGUUGAGUCACAACAAUGUUCAAACUUUCUGUUUUGGGAUAAUGUUGAUGGUUCAGUACUUGGUGGAGAAGAGAUUGCACCAACUAAUCCAUCAAGUAUGGGAGCUGCAGCUACACUCUCCUCUUUCCCUUCAUCUCUAAAAAGACCUUCACUCUCAAUUCAUUGCCGCCUCUUAUCUCAACUCCCGCAGUCAACAAUGAUCAUUCCAGAGAAAAACCGCCGCGAGAUCUCUAAGUACCUCUUUCAAGAGGGAGUUUGCUAUGCAAAGAAAGAUUUCAAUCUCGCAAAGCAUCCAAAUAUAGAUGUGCCUAAUCUACAGGUUAUUAAGCUGAUGCAAAGCUUUAAGUCAAAGGAGUAUGUUCGUGAGACUUUUGCUUGGAUGCAUUAUUAUUGGUUCCUUACCAAUGAUGGUAUUGAGUUCUUGAGAACUUACCUCAAUUUGCCAUCUGAAAUUGUGCCUGCUACAUUGAAGAAACAAAGCAAACCCCUUGGUAGACCCAUGGGUGGCCCACCUGGCGAUCGCCCACGUGGCCCAUCUCGCUUUGAUGGAGAAAGGAGAUUUGGUGGAGAUCGUGAUGGAUACCGUGGAGGACCACGGGGUCCUCCUGGUGAGUUUGGUGACAAGGGCGGAGCUCCUGCUGAUUACCGACCUACGUAUGGGGGUAGCGGUGGAAGGCCUGGCUUUGGCCGUGGUGCUGGUAGUUUUGGUGCAGGGCCUGCUAGCUCAAAUCUCCCUUGAAGGAAUGUUGAUUUUUGCAUUUUAGUUCUGGCAGUUUCAUCUCUAGGCGGAAGUCAUUUUGAAGUGUUGCAUUUCGAAGUUUAUACUAGUCGCUGAUUGAUAUAGAGUGGGAGUUUGUUUGUCCUUGAAUAUUCAUUUUAAAUUUUGCCAUAUUUUGAUGAAUUUGACCUUAACUAAUGUCAAGUUUAGUGCUCA